CAACAACUUUCAUUGUAUGCUGCUGCUUGUGCAUGUGAAUUGCUUGAAUUGUUUGCAUGUAAAAACAUGUCAUCAAAUGUAGACAAACAUUUCAUGGUUUGUUUUAAAUGUGUUUUGAUGAGAUCGAACGUACGUGAGAUCGGAGGGGGCUCCGUCAGAGUUUUUGAGAGGGAGGUCAGCCCUCAGAGCCUCAGAGUCUCAGGCUCAGUACAUUGAGGAAGGACCAAACCAGUGGGACCAGGAGAAGACACCUCCGAAUCUACUAGGUCUUUCCAGCCCAAACUGGACGUCCCCGGUCGACUUCUGUCACUGAACUUGGUCCUGCAACCCUUCCUGCCCUAUUCAGCCUCUUGGGCCCACGGCCCGGGCUCCACAAAGAUGGAGCUGUUCCGCCGGCGAAAGGUGGGUGAGCACUUUGCUCGCAUCACCGUGCCCUUGUACGAGGUGCAGUCGCCCAUGGCCUCUUGGCCGUGGCUAAGAUGGCCAACGAGGAGAAGUCAAGUGCACGCGGCCUUGGAAAGAAGGCGGGCAGGGUGGAUGGUGCUGUCGUUGCUGGAGGAGCCCGCAGGCGCCGCAGCUCCAACGCUGCGCACGGAUGACAUCGUGGCGGCCGAGCGAGGCUCGUCCGUGAGAGACGCGCGAAGCACGGUGCCCUGGCCGGAGUUGGACCACCCGCCAUCGGGGCCAUCGGCUCAGCAGCUCAGCUCAGAGCUGAGGCCGAGUCCGGGCGAAGGGGCCAACCAGGCUUGCCCCCUACGACGCGCCUGACCAGCUCCUGAGAGCGGUCCGCUGGAAGCUACACAUGCGUGACAUGCUCCUGACGCAGCGCAGGA